AUUUUUCCUUAGCUACCAUGUAGAGAAAUUCCUUGUGCCAUUUUUUAAUUUUUUUAUUAUUAUUCCUUUCGGAGAUGCGUAAACAUUUUUUGGAGGAAAUCACGUGUUUUCUUUGUAUAAUGUUCAUUUUUUUUUUUUUAAAUCAGUCAUUUGACACUUGAAACCAGAUCUUGACCUCCGAUAUGGUAAUAUUUUGUUCUGCUCAACAGUCCUCUAACCGUUACAUUGUUUCUGGCGUUUUUGUAGACAUCCCCUGCUGUGGCACACGAUCGUUGCAAUGGUUUUUGUCUGUCUUCUAAGCUUACUUUAAUGGGGAAAGUUUAAUGAAAAAGUAGCCAGAAUUUAAGGUUGUUGAACAUAGUGAGCACUCUACACUUAUUCGAUAUCUUUUUUCCCCCAAUUUUUUUAUAUCUAUUGUAGCUUUUGUUUUUUUUUAUAAAUAUGCUUUUCCAUAUUUUCCACCAAUUAAAGAUAAAAUGGGUUUGAUUACCUAGUUUCUUUACUGGAAUUAGAUACUGUCAGAUCCAAUUUCUGGUUUUCUUCAGAAUUAUUUUAACAUAAGUAUAGUAGUUCGAUGGUUAUUGUCUAAAGUUAUGGCUGGUAUCACACAUGUUUAAGUGGUUUGUGAUCCACCAAGUGUUUUAUGAAUAUAAAUUGUUUGGCCAAAUGUCGUGGACAGGAUUGAACUCCUAGUUUAUCUGUAACCAUGUUACUUGGUUUAAAGUGUGGUUUUAAAGCUUUUUAACAAUCUUCUCUAUUUUGUUUUCUGGUCAUAGUUAUUGCAAAUUUUUCCCAAAGGCUUCUGGGAAAUGGCGAGGUGUUGAUUUAAUUUUUCUGCUGUGUCAGUUACCAUGUGAGGUCCUUUCGCUUUCUUCCCACAACUUUCUCAUUGCAAAGUUCUGACUCAUCCAUUUGAACUAUGCUGAAGAAUGGAGAAUUUAUAGGAUUAUUCUUGACCUUUUUUUAAAUUCAGUAGCAGAAGUAACCAGAAAAGGGGAAGAUUACACGAUGGGAAACAAACCAUCUUUGUAACUAAUUUGGUGUGGACGUUAUUUUUAACUUUUUUAAAAAAACAAAACACACACAUAUAUAUAUAUAAUAUAAUUUUGUUGUCAUGGAGCUUUGCUGAUGCCCAACUUGCGAAGUUUAUUUUCAUUCAUGUAUUCAGUUUUCAGUUCUGUAGUUUUUGAUACUCCUAUGUAGCUUUUCAUCUUGUUCCUUUGGGAAAUUGUAUAAAACGGAGCCCAAGGUUAUGCGAAGUCUGCACCUCUAAUUAGUGUAGGUUGCUUCUCCUCAAAGUGCGAACUGAAAUCAGCAUAGAAGAUCAAAUGCAUUAAUAACUUAAAUGAACUCGUUAUAAACACCUUCUAAUGUUUUGUCUUUGAAACGCAACAUUUCAUUUAGAACUUUGCUUCAUAGAAUUUUAGAGUUCCGGCUCUUUGGGGCAGUUAAUGUUUCUCCAUCUUUGACGGUCAUGUCUUCCGUCAUGUUGCCCCCAGCUUUAAAAUUUUUUGGGGUAUAUGAUAUGCCGUGUAUAAAAUCUGAAUAUUUUUCAGGAAGAAAUUGGAAAUUUCAAUGACAAUGACUAACCUCUAUUUAUCAUAUACAUUGUAAAGAAAAAGCUAAGAAAAGGACCAGAUGAUUGCAUGAGGAAGUGGGUUGUUUUCUAAGACAUUAUAGAUUGAUGAAGAGUCCAUUAUCUAACAUACUUAGGUAAAAUUCUGCCAGGGCUGAAUUUGACUUGUAAUCUUCAAAAAGAAAAUAAUCGAGAAGCAGACUGAUCUUUCCCUCUCUACCAGAUAUUUGGACCAUUGUUUGGAAAAUGCAAACGUCCAGUAGUGAUGACCCUAGCUACAGCCAAAGCUCCCCACCUAGAGGGCGAAGACCUCGCUGGAAGGGGGUGUAUAGUGGGAGAUGGGGGGUAGGCAAUAGUUCUUCUUUCAGUGGGGUGCAGCCAAAUCCAGAAGAAGCAUCUGUUGGAGAAGGCAAAAAGGAAAAUCGAGUGAUUGUUCUGUAUCUGGAUCUUUCCUUUCUUUUACUCCUAGAGCUGAAGAAGAUGAGUAUGACUCGGAGCUGCCUCCUGUGCAUCAAAAUCACGAUGUUCGUCUUUAACCUCAUCUUCUGGGUGAGUGGGAUCUUUACAUGUAUUCUCAUUACCAAACUCUCACAUUUUCUCUUUUUUCCCCAAAUAUGUAUAUUAUUAAAAGGCAGGACGCUUUACAACACAAAGCUACAAAGAAUAACAGCCAAAAAGCAGAGUAGAAAAGUCAGGGCAUCAUAAAAAAUGACUUCAAAAUCCAAAUCUGAUUCUCAUACAUUAGCCAGAAAAUAUCUUAAAGUAGACCACACUUUCCCCUCCCCCCUCCACCCCCCCUGCAAAAUGAGUAUUUCGUAAAGAUGGAAUCUUUAUAAAAUACUGUAUUGGAAUUUCACUGAAACCAACCCAGUCAGGGGCAGGUUCAGGUAAGUAAAUCUCACCUUGGCCUGCCCAGCCAGGUCCGCUUUAAGGCAUCCUGAGCCCUUUCAUGGACAUGUAGGUUAAGACAGGGCUUGACAAAAAAUUUUUUGGAAUCUAGGAGCCAGUUUUUUUUAAACUAACAAAGUUUAAUUUUCAAUGAGAAAAAUGCAAUUCUUAAAGGGGCACUAAAGUCACCAGAAUCACUACAGUUUAAUGUAAUAUUUCUGUUGUCUAUAGCCUGUCCCUGCAGGCUUUUCAAUAUGAACGCUGCCUUUUCAGAGAAAAGGCACUGUUUACGUUGCUGCUUAGUAACACUUCUAGUGACAGUCACUUAGACAGCCACUAAAGUCCUACGUCAGAGCUGCGUAGUACACAGCAUCCAUGUUCAGCGUCUCCAAGCUCUGCAUGGAGGCGCUGAAUGUUCCUCAUAGAGAUGCAUUAAUUCAAUACCUCUCUAUGAGGAAAUGCUGAUUUGCACAACAGAAAUAUCCUCCCAGUGCUUUCCUGUGGGAAAGCAUUGGCUUAGCUGAGAUCAUUGAUAAUCUCAGCCAUGGCGGUGGGAUUAGCCACGGCAAAACUGGCACGGCGUAGGGAAAAAAGGGGGAGAAAAACACCUUUCUCGUGUGAUCGGAGGGGGCAGGUUCUUAAGCAGACACACACACUCUGACUGAGAAACACACACUCUGACAGACAUACACUGGCAGGCACACACACACUCUGACAGACAUACACUGACAGGCACACACACACUCUGACAAACAUACACUGACAGGCACACACUAUCUGACUGAGAAACAUACACACACAUACACAAACUCUGACAGACAUACACUGACAGGCACACACACACUCUGACUGAGAAACAUACACACACACUGACACACAUACACACAUUCUGACAGACAUACACUCUGAUAGACAUACACUGACAGGCACACACUCACUGACUGAGAAACAUACACACGCACUGACACACAUACACAGACUCUGACAGACAGACACACACUCUUGACACCCACACAUUUUCUCACACACUCACAAAUUGGUAUUUUUAUUUUAAUUUAAAUCCACACAGCCUCCCUACUUUUGGAAGAGAUGGAGUGGAUCUUUUACUGGGCUGCUUUCUAAUCUUCCUGCAGUUUCUCUCUGCUCCCCUGCACGCUCUCUGUAGUGAUGCCGGGGCUGGAGUGAUGUCAUAUUCCGACUUCGGCAUCACUAAACAGCAUGCAAGGGAGCAGAGAGGAACUGCAGGAAGAUUACUGCUCCCUCGCACACCGCCCUCCAUGUUCCCUGCUGCGGCCAGCUUCAAAGUUACCCGGUGGCGGAUGGCUUCAGUGUUUCCCAGGUGCCAGGGCGAAAUUUCUAGUCGCCAUUGUGACCUGGCGCCUCCAAUUUGUCGAGCCCAGCGUUAAGAGGAGACCACAUACAAAAAAAAGUUGACCUUUCUGUCUUUAUUGUGGGUUGUCUCCUCCUAUUCAGAAAAAUAGUUUAAUAUGUGGGAGUAAACUGCAAACAUUAGAAGGAAGUCCUCCUUCAUACCAGUGUUUCCAGGUUACUUUUCGCAGACUAUAAUUUUUGCACACCACUCACAUUUUCAGGUACAGUUAUUGCAGACGAUCUGUUUGCUGUGCAAACAGAAAAGUGUAAAGAAAUCAAAUUAAGAACACAACGGUAGAAAAUCAUUCAGAGGAUAAAAUAACAGCACGUCACAUGGCUAAUAUAAUUCAUGGUGAUUUAUGAUAUUGUUUUUUUUAUCCACUCUUGAUAAAUCUACCUUAAUGUGUACGAUUACUUACACAUUACAUUAGCAUCUACCUAGGCUGAUUGAUUUCUUCAAUUACUUGGCCACGUUUGUACUACUAUAUCAGUCAUUACCAGGGUGAAUAAGAGAGCAGAGAGAAGUAAAAAAAGUUUACUGCUAUCGGGCCACAAAGAUACACACAUUUAACAAAAUAUACAGUAAGUGACACAAAUCUAUUUGAGAUGCCGUCUGUAUAUGAUAGAAUUCUGAUGAUGACUGAUGAGCACACUUACACAUGCAGCUCUUUGUGUACAUAGCAUUAGCUGCACGCUUUUCCUGGAUUCUAAAAACAUCAUCUUUGCUCUGAAAUAUGUCUGCCUAACUUGUGUUUUUGUAGAUGAUUCUUCAGCCAGAUGAAAAAGUGCAGACUGAAUUUUUGUCUUUUUUUUUUUUUUUUUUUUAAUUCUCCCUUUUUGCUCCCCUACAGCUUGGAGGAUGUGGCAUUCUUGGAGUAGGCGUUUGGCUGGCUGUCACCCAGGGGAAAUUUGCCACGCUAUCCAUCUCCUUCCCUUCACUCUCAGCCGCCAGCCUGUUCAUGGUCACUGGCUCUGUCAUAAUGGUAGUAGGUUUCAUUGGCUGCCUGGGUGCCGUGACCGAACACCGCUGCCUUUUGCUCACGGUAAGUUCUGCGUAGUUCCGAAAUACAAAACGUCCCCGUUUUUAACAAUGCUGACAAAAUCUUAAAGGAACACUAUAGGAUCAGGAACACAAACCUGUAUUUAUUACUAUGUAGUGUUAAAAUCACCAUUUAGGCUUGCCCCCCUUAAAAGGUAAUAAAACUUACCUUCAUUCUAGAGCCAUACCUGGCGCUAUUCCUGCCCCCGAUCUGCUUCCAUGGCUGACAUCAUCAGAAAUUAUAAUCUUAGCCAAUCCAAUGCUUGGUGGAGCCAAAGGCUGCCCUAACCAGUCAGAACCUCCUCAUAGAGAUGCAUUAAAUCAAUGCAUCUCUAUGGAGAAAGUUCAGCAUUUCCAUGCAGAGCAUGGAUACACUGAACAUCAGUACUGAACAGUGUGCAGCACUGAGCCAGAAAGCACCUCUACUGGCCGUCUGAGUGACGCCUACUGGAGGUGUCCUUAGGUGGCAAUGUAAACACUGCCUUUUCUCUAAAAAGUCAGCUUUUAUAUUAAAAUGCUUGCAGGGACAGCCUAUACCCACCAGAACAACUACAUUAAGCUGUAGUUGUUCUGGUGACUAUAGUGUCCCUUUAAUUACUAAUGGAUUUUUAAGUCAAAUAAUUCAUUUAAUCUGUCUUCUAUUGGACUUGUUUAAAAGAAUGGGAGAAUUCUAAUGAAACUGUUAUGGAAACAAGGAUACAUUCUGUACCCGAGGCUACAGAAAAUCUGUCUUUUAAAAAUGUUUGAUCUGUUAUUGAAUGGGCCUGAAUUUGCAUACCUCCAUCCAGAUGUCUGCAUUGCACUUAAUGUUAGGACACCAUCUGUUGUAGUUCCUAUUUCCACAGUCCAUUGUGGUGUUUACUGACUAAACUGUGUGUUGAAUAUUGAAUUACAAGAUGUGGGACAAAAUGGCUAAAUUGUAAGAAUCAAGACUUGAUACACUUUUCUGAUUUGACCAUUGUUCCCUACAUUUUGUCAGCUUAACAACGCCGCUUUAUUGAAUAAACAAGAAUUUCAGAAGGUUUGUUAAAGUUCCGUUAUUCCAUUUGUAGAAUUACGAGUCAGAGCUGUGCUGGCCAACACAUGGCAUUGCCCCAGGUGUCUCCUACACUAGGUGCACAACACUAAAAUAAAAGGUGUGCAUUGUGUUCAAGCUCAUAUCUCACACUAUACUCUUCUUUUUUCCCUAUACAGUUUUUUGUGGUUUUACUUAUUAUCUUCGUUCUUGAGAUGAUUAGCAUGAUUCUGUUCCUCACGUACAAAGAAGAGGUAAGUGUGUUUCAAAAUGGCUGAACAGGUCUUGAGAGUGUCUUACUGGGCCUCCCUUUAAUAUUAAACAAAGCCAGCUUUUAAUCAAAAUAGUAUCUGCAAGUGCCUGGAUAUUCAUAGGAAAAUAUCCUUCGCAACACUUCAGUGGUGUUGGUACUUCCCGAGAGAUUUACAAGGUAGUCAUGAGCAGGGCAAUAUUAACAUAUAUUAAAGACUGCUGCUUAUAUUAUAGGGUAACUCAUUCACACCAAGAAUAAAAAAAUUUAUAUGCCGAUAUUACCUUCUAAAUCAGUUUACUGUAGUUUAAACCAGAUCAAUGCGAUAAAUGUUGCUGUGGAUUUCUGUGACACAGCCACACACUGGCUUGUGGCUGGUUUUAUUGUGGCUUGUGAUACAUUCCUACACAAGGAAAAUAAAUGUAAGGAUUUAUUGUUGUGAAGCUCUGUGAUACACUCAAGCUCGCUGUGCGUUACUGUGUGUUUUACUGAUGUUGUGCACUGUAAUACACUCGGCUAUAUUUUUAGAUCUUCCAUUCUUGCCUAAAAUAUUAAAACUCCUGAGAAUUCACACUGUAGGGACUCUAUAUGAAUCUAUGUGUGUUUCAACCCAGAAUCCUUAGCUCCGUUAAAAGAACCACAUAUUGAAUGGUACAGGUCUGCUGUGAUCAACAUGAUUUUGAAUCAUGUCUGUGUGUAAUAAGUAUCGUGUAUACAAAGCUAAUGUUCCUGCAUGCCCUUUGGGAAAAUGUCACAAAUUUUCCUCUCGCAUCAUAUGAAUUGUAUUUGUAGAAUUUUUUUUAUAUGUCACAAGUUAGCAUACCUCCCCCAACUGCCCCACGUUUGGCACAAGAGAUCUGACAUGGCUCCCAUACUCCAACUUCCCAGGUUAGAUGUUUGUUAUGUUGUGUCAUUAAAUGUGUUCCUGAAAAAUAACGAGCAUUUCUGGAUAUUUGUGAGCAACCCAGGGGGCACCGCAGUCCAUCAGAGCCAGCCGUCUAUUCAUAAUAUGUGAGCGUUAAUGGACAUGAUCUUUUUUGGGGUGGCGGGUCUCAUUAAAAUAACUGUCUUGCAGAUUGCAUACUUCAUAUGUUUAUACACAUACAUGAUUAAAUGGUUGCUCGACUGAUGUGUUUUUUUCUGCAAACCUUUUUUUUUUGCAGUUUCACAGUUACGCUCAGGAAGACCUGAAAAAGGGACUUAAGCUUUAUAAAACGAAUGGAAAUCUUGGACUGACUAAUGCGUGGGACAUUGUGCAGACACAGGUAAACGAAAUCCAAGCCCACAUUGCUGGAAAUUUAGUAAUACAAAACGUUUCUGGCUAAGUGUCUGUGAACUGGAAUCUAAGAGUUUAUGGGAGCUAUUUAUCAAUGGUAACGUGCAAUGGAAAAAAUAGAGCACACUGCAGAAAAAUAAAUAUUUUUAUUGAAAAGUUAUAUUUUUCAAAAGUGGAGCGAUCAGUCUGCUACAGAAAGCACACUGUUUAAAUUGUGUAUAAAUGAAUGACUGACUUAGCAAGGAAUCAGAGCCAGUUCAAGGAUUUUUGGCUACAUAGGUGAAUAUGCAUUUUGCUGCCCCAUGCCUCACUCCCGUUCCUCCCGAAAAAAGUAUCUUCAUCUGUGUCACUUAACCCCCCUCUUGAAUUUCUUACCCCCUUUUGUGUUUCUUAUCCUCUUUUGAAUGUCUUAUCCCAUUUUGUGUAUCUUAUUCAUCUUUUGCCUUACUCUUCCCUUUGUGUAUCUCUUACAUCCUUCUAGCCCCUGUGUGUGUCUUUCUCCCCUUUCCAGCCCCUCUGUGUGUCUCUUCCACCCAACACCAUGUCUCUUUCUCCCCCAGCCUUUCUAUGUCUCUGUGUCCCCCCCAGCUCCUCCCAAAGUCUUCCCCCAGCUUCUGUCUGUCUUUUUCACCCCUCUGUGUCUUUGUGUGUCCCCAGCUCUUCUGUGUUUCUCUCCCUCAAAAAAACCCUGCCCCUCUGUCUAUUUGUCCCCCAGCCGAUCUGUGUGUCUUUUUCCCUCCACAGCCCCAUUUGUGUGUCUCUUUCUCCCCCAGUCCCUUUAUGUUGCGUUGUGCCCCACCAGCUCCUCCUUGUGCCUCAUCCCCCCAUGUUUCUUAUUCCCUUCCCCAGCCUCUCUGUGUGUCUAAUUUUCCCCAUCAGACCCUCCACCUGUCUCAUUUCGUCUCCCCAGGACCCUCCCUUCAUGUAUAUUAUUCCCUCCCUAUCAUGUGCUUCAUUCCCCUAGCACCUCCAUUCAUAUGUUUCAUUCCCCCAGUCCCCCUUGUAUGUCAUUACCCUUACACAGCCUGUGCCAGCGUACCACCUUCUGUAGCAUGGCCGAGCCGUGGAUUGGGGUAAAGUGAAACAAGUUUUGUCAGACUGGUGAGAGUGAAACCAGUUCCUCUACCCCGGUCCGCGGCUCGGCCACGCUACAUACAGAGAUCGGCAGGAGGUGAGCGCAGUGCUGUGCCCUCCUCCUGCCGGUCACCCGGACCCGGUGUGCCCUAAGGAAUAAGAAAGUCUGAUCCGUGUUCAUACAUUUUUGCAGCAUAGUUUUAAAGAAUCACUCAUAAGCACUAUUAGCAUUACAGCUGAUUGUAGUUACAUAGUUACAUAGCUGAAAAGAGACUUGCGUCCAUCAAGUUCAGCAUUCCUCACAUUUGUUUUUUGCUGUAGUGGUUAUGGUACAAUAUGUAUUUAGAUGCACUCCUUCAUGUUGUUGUCAAACCAUGUUUGACUCCUCUGGUGUUGCUGGAAUAACCAGGGAUUUCCAUUUGGGCUAAGGUUACCCCAGAACUCUUAGCAUUGCCAUCCAAAUCCAAAGAAACAUAGUGUGCCUCUAGAGCCCCCAAGCAGGCCUUUUUUUUUUUUUUUAAUCAAUUUGUAGCUACUGAUUGACUUAGAGCGUCAGCUGACUGGUGUAAUCUAAGCUGUGGCUCCACUGACUGGCGGUACUCCGCACUUCCCAAAACUGUGGGGACCUGCAGAUCAGCGCUGGAGGCACACUUUGGGGAUAAACCGUUCAAGAACGGUUGAACCCCUUUGAAAUAAGCGUGCGCCUGAAGGCUUCCUGGCACCAUAACAACUCCCGUGUUCCUUAAGUAGAAUUCUACUGGUGUCCAUAGUGAUUGCUCCUUAUUUAAUACUCUGCCUUGAUAUCCUGCAAGUAAUAGUGGUAUCAUCAACCAUGUAUGACGUAUCAUGCAUAUAUUUGUCCUUGUUCGCGGAGUUUCACGUUGAAGGUCAGAGAUUGUAAGUGAUCCAUUAAUCACAGCACUUUGCUGUCAUUAUAUCCGUGCUUAACAAAUCCCUCAAUCCAACUGAUCCAUCACUUCUGCAAUAUGAAAUAGAAGGACUUUACGUGUCAUCUAGAAUUUAAUAUUUUUAUUAUUUAUAAAGCAACAACAUAUUACACAAAGCCCAACUGUGGAUAUGUAAGUUUAGUAUGAGUGAGAUUUAAUUCAACUAUUCGUUAAUUCCUCAUUUACAGAGUCUUUUUAAACUUUUAAGUGCACUGCACUGGUACCGUCUGACAUGUUAAAAAAACGCUGCAAGCACCAUAACUACUACACACACUGUAAUGUUAUGGUGCCCUGGCGUCCCCUUUGUAAGUUUGCAUAUUGUUUUAGAACAGUUUGAUUUCCUACACGGGGACCACCAGGUACUACUCCCUGUCUCCACUACUUCAGAGCUGCAGAAGCAGGAAUCCGAUCCAGUCCAUUUAUUGGGUAAGAGCAUAAGCUGACUGCUCUCAACCAGUGAAUGGCACACUACUACUAAAUUUGAACAGAAUUGACAUUAGCCAGCUCAGAACUAUUGUUCUAGACUCUAAUGACGCCCAAGUAGCACUGCAAGAUGUGGAGUUAUACAUCUGGAGCAAAGGGGUUAAACUGCAUAUGUGCAGCAUUUUGUAGCGAAAUGCUACACGUACAGACUCCAAGAACCAUAGCCACUUUAAAUCUCUGUCAUAUUGUCAUGGUGCUUGGAGUAAACUAUAGGCUAGGAACUAUAGUGCUAGGAAUGCAGACUUGUAUACCCCCCUCCCCCCCCAUAGGAAAGCAUUUACAUAUUACAAGGAGUGAGGUACGAGCAGGUAGCUCCGUCAACCUAAUAAACUGAACGAACGAAGACAGUCUUUUUGUCAUUUAUAUUCGUUCAUUCUUCUUUCAGACAAAUGAAUAAGUAGCCAAAAUUCCUGCCCGAAUUCCUGUCCACAUUCUUAUGUUUCUUUUUCCUGAUGUUAUAGUCAAUGAGUAUUGCAACAUCCGACACCAUUGCAGUCUUCCAUUCCUUGUCUACAACUACAAUGUCAGGUUGGUUGGCCAGUACUUACUUGUCUGUCUGGAUCUGAAAAUCUCACAGGAUCUUAGCCUUGUAAUUCUUAACUACCCUUUGUUGUAUCUCCUAUCUGGACUUAGGCACACAAUCCCAACAACUUGUGCCUCUCAGUGUAUGCUCUCCCAGCUAACAUCUUGCACCCGGAUGCUAUAUGCAGGAUUGUUUCAGAGGCCUCUUUGCACAGUCUACAGCUUGGGUCUUGCCUUGUGUGGUAGGCCCCUGCUUCUAUUGAUCUGAUGCUGAGUGCUUGUUCCUGUGCUGCUCGGAUUAGUACCUCAGAGCUGUCUUUCAGUGCUGCUUUUUCCAACCACUGGUAGGCUUUUGUAAUGUGAGCCACAUCCACUAUUUGCCCCAUGGAGAGGUUUGUCGUGCCAUGGAACCUCCUCUUUUUCUGCAUCCUUUAUCUGUAGUUGUCUCAGGCAUUCCCUUAGCAGUUCAUCUUUGGACCCUAUCUUCAUGAUGCACUUGUGGAUGCUCUGUGUUUCUUCCAGGACUAUGGCCUUGACACUCAUCAGACCCAGACCCCUUCCUUCCGGCUAGUGUACAGUCUGUGUGUUGGAUUUCGGGUGAAAUCCUCAAUGCAUAGUGAGUAGUUUCCACGUUUUUACAUCCAAAGUGACACUGGCUUUUCUUGACCAAGUUAUUGUUCGAGCGGGUACCUGAUGACUGUUGAUGACUUGGAUCUUGUUGUCAACAUUGAGCUGAGACUUCAGGACCUGUCUGACUCUCCAUGGGUUUGUGGUACAUCCAGGUAAAAGGUCCCUUCCCCCCCCGUUCUCGGUGAGUGGCGGUGGCCAAGCCCCCAGGGUGAAGAGUAGAGAAGAAAGAAGAAGAAAGUAGAAAAGAGAAAAUGAGGGUGGGGUGGAUAUUGUUGUUGGGGAGGGGGGAAACGUGUAGCUGCAUUCUGUGUUUUGGGGUCUAAGGGACGUCCGUGUGUGGCUGGUUGUAUGGUGUAUGAUGUCUGGCGUUCGGGCGUGUGUGCUGGGGUUUGUGAAUGCAGAAUGCCAUCAUCACAUUCUGGUACUUUAAACGGAGGUGUCCUAUGUGUUUUCAAUAUUUUUGUCUCACCCAGUAGCAAUACGUUUUAUGUUAUAAUUUUGCCUUGGAUACUUGGCUAUCUUGGCACAGCCAUGGCUCGCUAUCUAAAUUAUUUUAACCCCCGCAGUGCUGUCUGUGUGGGUGCAGGCACGUUUAGGACAUUUCUAUUUAGAGCUUUAUGGGGUCAUGGUCAUCCUGAAUGCAGUAAAGGUAGGUGCAUUUUUUUACUUACCUUCCCUGCACUGUUUGCCCCAGUAAAUGCUUCAAUAGUGUAUACUGGAGAAUGUUAACCGCAUGUCGAGCUGGUUUUAAAGACCCUUAGCCAGUGCGGAAUGUCCAAUUUGGCAUCAGAAGCAGUAGAGUACGUCCGUGUGACUUAAAAUGCUGAAAAAUUCCCAAGAUACAUUAACAAUAAUUCGAAUGGCCACGCUGUUUAAUAUGUCCUAAUAUGGCGGUGUCUCUCUCUUUUAGUUCCGAUGCUGCGGGGUGAAGAAUUAUACAGACUGGUAUGAUGUGAGCAAUAAUUUCACUGUGCCGCACUCCUGCUGCUCCGAACACCACGAGGACUGUCAAUCCAUGCCCACCACCUGGUGGAAGGAUGUGAGUGUUCCUUUUUCUUGUUAACAGGGAUUCAAAAGAGCCAGUAAGAAAUACAGCAAAGCCUACUUUCUAAGUGCUACAAGGUGCAAAUAUAGUAUAUUUAUAUAUUUUUAGAGAAGUUUUAACCCCUUAAGGACACAUGACAUGUGUGACAUGUCAUGUUUUCCUUUUUUUUCCAGAAGUUUGGUCCUUUAAGGGGUUAAACUGCAUUAGUAACGACUGUUUAGCAUGUUUAGAUAGAUAGUGCACAUAGAUCCUCUUCUUGCUGAUGGACAGUAUAUGAAAAGUGAUACCCUAGAGCAGAGAUUGGCAACAUUUAGCACUCCAGAUGUCAUGGGCUACAUGUCCCCUGUUGCUUUGCCAGCAUUAUCGCUGUAUAAGGAUUGUGGGAGAUGGAGUCUAUAACACGUGUAGUGCUGAAGGUUGCCUGCCUCUAAGCGUGUAUAGCAUUCAUAUGCUGCAAGAAUAAACUUAAGUUGGCUAACUGAAGCUGUUUGUUCUGGUUUCUCGUUGAUCCAAUAAUUGCUUUCCUUGGAGCGCCAUUUAAAUUCUCUUGGUGCGGGGCAGCUCUCUUCAUAUAUUGCCAUCAACAUGUUGUAAUAUCUAUAUAGGUAUCUGGAUAUAUAUCCAGAAAAACACAGCGGGUCUGACAACCCUAAAGGUAAUUUUUUUUUAUUUAUUUAUUUUUAAACUCAUUGCUCUGACACAUCUAGGAUUAUAUACGUUAAACUAUCAAAUUGUUUUCUACCUUGCCCAAAAGUUAAAUUGUUCAUAUAAUUUCAUUUACAAAAGAUGAAAGUGUAUAUAACUUUGAUGAUAGAUAUUAAAGUAUGAAGCCAUCCACGGCACCGUGACAAUCCAUCUUGUGUAGUAACGUCCGUAUUCAGUCUGGCACACUCAUCCUGUUUUGAUUGUGAAAUUGUACCAGGCCACAAGCUGCGAUAAUUUGCUUCUCCAACAGCACAGAAGCUCUGAAAUGAUUAAUCCAGGACAGAUUUAAGGAUUCAGUUAACAUUUUUGACUACAUUUCAGCAAGUCAUUAGGCAGAGAGCCUUGCUGUAUAAAUUAGGUCAGUGCCUUAACAAUAUCUCUUGGGAUUUAUUCACUAAACAACGGAUUGUGGUGAAUUGAAAACCUAAUUUGCAAAUUGGGAAUUUUUCCAAAUCAGUAAUUUUUUACGAACAUUUGCAAUAGAAUUUACUACAAUCUGCUGUUUAGUUAAUAACGCCCUUGAAAUACAUAUGACAUAUUCUAUUUCCUUGCACCAAGAAGAGAGAAACUUUAAAAUAUCUCUUUAUAGUAAUCGGUGAUUGGUUGGUGGGCUUUGUCCAAUUAAAAGCUGGGUCCUAUAAAAAAUAUUGAACUGUUAUUUAAAAAUACAUUAGUCUAAACCCUCAUUUUGUAAGUAAUUGUUUAUAUGCUGUUUCAGACCAUUAUUAGGAAAGUAACCCCUUAAAAAAUAGACAACCGUUGGCACUCCAGAUGUUGUGGACUACAUCUCCCAUAAUGCUCUAACAGCCAUAUUGACCGCAAAGCAUCAGAGGAGAUGUAGUCCAAAACCUCUAUAUUGCUAAAGGCUGCCUACCCCCGAUGAAUACUGUCAUAACAAUCUGUUCUGUAGUUUUUUUUUAAGGAUACAAUUCUGUGGAAUGUCCUACUUAUUGAUUAACAAUGAUCUGUAGGGGCCAGUGCUAUAUAAGCAGGAAUCUCAUCUUUCUUGAAGGUAUUUGUGACGAGACCAAUCUCGCCACUGUGCAUUGGAGGAGCCUGGUUUCCUGCUUGCUGCCUUUUGACUAUGGACCGGCAUUUAAAUACUUUAUUUUCCUAUGCAGAAAGGUCUAUUCAUGUAUUUCUGCCCUGGCGUUCGGUAGAUUCUCGGAUUUACCGAAUGAACUCAUUUAACCCAGAUAGCUAUGCCAUGGAGCCUAUUCGUGUAAUAAAAGACUUUGGCUCCAUGGCAAUUGAACUGUAUGUGUGUGGUCUGAGCACCAUUCAGUAAUAAUGUGCGCUCAGACCUAAGCUAUCUGGGGAUAUGUUGCAUGUCUGUAUUUUAUGUAAUAAAUGUAACCUUGUGUAUUUUAUUGUACUUUUUACUGCCAUGUGUUUAAUGUAAGUUUUAUGUGAAUGUGAUGUAUACUUUUAAAGUUAUGAAUAAUGUGGAAAAACUGUAUUUCUCUGCCUGUGAUAAUUACAUUAACCCAUUGUGUAAGGUAAUUGUAUCACAGGCAGAGGGAAGGAUUUUGUGUGGGAGUGUCUGAGUGUAUUGUACGUGUUUAUUGGUUGUUUCCAAAACCCUGUGGGUGGUACUAAUGUGUAAGAAUGUGUAUAUAAGAACAAUAAACCCACAGCUCUGUCUGUUCCUGUUUGACCCUCAAAACGGAGCCUUGUCUCGUUCUUGGGGGGAUUUAUUGUAUGCUGUUCCAGUUUGACUGCUACGAGUGUAAACCUAUUUGUAUGGUUUUUCCUAUUCGGCUGUUUACAGCAUUCGUAUGGUUCCGGUUCAGCUGUUUACUGCAUUCAUAUGGUUUCCAGUUCGGCAGAUUGGUGUCUUUGGUAGCUGCCUGUGUAUCUGGAAGGGUAAUAUCCUCUAAACGGCGGUUUAACCCUUUUAUGCCCGGGGUGCCGUUACAGUAUUUAUAGACCAGAUUGUGAUGGCGGUGAAGAAUGCCAUAGAUCCCUAUGGAUUAAACAGAGUAUACAAUGGUUUAUUAGGUUAAACUCCUUUAGGACCCGGGAUAAGGCAAAGCCACUGAUAUGAUGAUAUGACUGCUUAUUGGGUAAGCUGGUGGAAUGGAAUCUUUAAUCUCAUUAUGGAACCUUCAUCUCCACCAAAAGAAUUCUGAAUUAAUUUACGAUCAACAUGUAUCAUGUUUUUUUUUAAUGACUUGAAGCAGCCAGUUAUAAUCGUUCCAGUUAUUUAUGGGGAUUUGAAGCUGGUUGAGAAUCAUGGGUAAUCCCAGUGGCUCUUGUUAACCUGAAUCUGUCUUUUUAUUUUUACCACUAACUGGGCAAGUUAAAGAGACGAAGCCACGUUUCCGUUCUGUUCUUGGGGUGUCAGGAAAGAGAAUACGUUAGUAAUCAAUCUUGGUAUCUUUUGUUUGUAUGAUAUGUAUAGUGACGCUACAAACCGAACAUGGCAGAGUCUAGUGCCAUGGGAAUAGCAAAAGGAAAUGGUAUUAUAUCUACGGAGAGAUCUAUUUAUCAAACCAUGGCUGUGACGACAGCUGACCUGCAAAUUUAAAUUAAGAUGUAUGUUUUUUCUGGUUAUUUUAGUCAAAAUUUUUAUUUCAUAAACGUAAUUCAGGAUACUGGGUUUACAGCACUGUGUUGACUCUCAGGAUCCCACAAGAGUCAAUACAGAGAACAGAUGCCUCUUCAGGACGUGUUGCCACUCUGGAGAGGGGUGAGUACCAAGUGGCCAACGACAAAGAUGACAAAGGUUAUAGAGUUUUAACUAAAGCUCCACCAUUUGUAAAAUGUUGUCAAUCUGCAAGUUAUAUACAAGGAAACGUAGUCCCUACUUUGUCUUAUAUAUAACUUUUAAAAUAAGCAUAGUUUUGAAAAAAGAAAAACAUGGGGCAACCCAGGAGGAGAUAAAAAACAUUAUUUUAAAAAUAAAUAAAUGACACAGCUGUUUAACUCCUAAAUGGCAGAGAAUGGAUGCCUAGGGUGCAGUCUGACUAUAGUGCCUAUAAUACCAAUUUUGCCAGCUUAUUAUUUUAUAUAUAUUUUACUAGGGAUCAACCGAUUAUCUGUCUGGCCGAUAUUAUCAGCCGAUAUUCUGUAUUUUUAGCAAUAUCGGUAUCGGCCAAUAAAGAUACUGAUAUUGCCGAUAAUGCAGACCAGGGCCUCCAUCAGGGUCCUGUGGGGCCAAGCACACUCUUACUUACCUUCCCAGCAGCUUCCUUCAACUCCCCUGUCUAAAUCUUGCGAGUCCCGCGGCCAUCAGAGCAUUGCCACGGGUUACCAUGGCAAUGCUCCGUGCGGCACACAGGCCGUGGGAGUUAGACAGGGGAGCUGAAGGGAGCUGCUGGGAAGGUAAGUAAGACUGUGCUGGGCCCCCUCUGCACAGUCCAUGCCACCGGACCACCAUGGAAUGCCAUAUCCCCCCUCCCUGGCCAGGUAAGAAGCAGGGACGGGGGACUAGAACAUAAUUUAAAAUUUUUUAAUUUAAAAUAAAAAUAAAAAUGCCCCCCACCCCCAUUUUACACACUUAACAUACCUACACAAACACUCACUGCACAAACACACACUACACACACACUGCAUUUACUAUACACACACUACACAAACAUACACUCUGCAUUCAUUAUAUACACACUACACUACACACUGCAUUCACUGUACAUUCACUACACAAACACUCACUGCAUUCACUAUACACACACACUAGACAAACACACAUUCUGCAUUCUUUAUAUACACACUACACAAACACACACUGCAUUCACUAUAUGCGCAAACACACACACACUGCAUCCACUAUACACACACUACACAAACACACUGAUUAUCGGUAUCAGCCCUACAAAAUCAAUAUAGAUCAAUCCCUAUAUUUUACUGAUAUCACACAAUGCUGCUGAGGAAACACAUCCAGGUGGAGAAAGUGUUUGAGCAGAGGGGGAUUAAGAUCACGCUGGGCCCAGGACAGGAUAUAUUUAUUUAUUUUUAAAAUAACACACUACACAAAUGGAUUGGGAUUCCCCAUUCACUCUUCACAUGGGGAUAAGUGAGACCAAGAAAACUCAUGCUUCAGGGGCUAUCUAAACCCUCGAUACUAAGCAGCCGCCUAAAAUUGCCUUAUGGUUAAAGGAAUACUAUAGGGUCAGGAACACAAACAUGUAUUCCUGACCCUAUAGUGUUAAAAACACCAUCUAUCUCCCCCAGGCUCCCCUUGCUUCUUUUUAUAUAUAGUAAAAUGUUACUUGUAUUUAAGUCUGCAGUUGCUGCCUCUGCUCCUGAUCUGCCUGCUUGGCUGACAUCAUCAGAAGUUAUUCUGUGCACCAAUCACAAUGUUUUCCCAUAGGAUUGGCUGAGACUGUCAAGGAGGCAGAUCAGUGGCAGUGCCAGCACAAGUCAAACACAGCCCUGGGCAAUCAGCAUUUACUCAUAGAGAUGUAUUAAAUCGAUGCAUCUCUAUGAGGAAAGUUCAGUGUCUGCAUGCAGAAAAGACAGUAUUUACUGCAAAAAGCCUGGAGGGAAUGAUUCUACUCACCAGAACAAGUACACUAAGCUGUAGUUGUUUUGGUGAUUUUUGGGGACUAUAGUGUUGUUUAAAUAAACAGGGCACUUGGCAAGUUAAUAAAUCAAUCUUCUAGGUGGCUGGUAGAUUAAUGGAAUGAUUAUAGCCUCAGCCUUUCCAAUAAUGUAUGCAGGAAACAAAAUCUAAAUCAUAUAAUCUAUUAAAAAGUAAAUUGCGAGCAUCGUGUAAUCUGCUAUUACAUGAAUUGCUGUUACAUACCUUAAUUACAUUCUGUAUAAAACUUGUAGCCCCAUGGAACUUGAGCAGCAUAAGUGGAAUAGGGGGUUGACAGGGGUUGAAGGCGGGCUUAGGGGGAGAACCGGGUGGGUGUGUCUGGCUGUUUGUCUGGGGGAGUGGCUUAGAUAAAUAGGCCGGCCAUCUUAGCUCCUGUCACCAUUAACUUCCCUAACAGUUUGGAGCUGGUCCCUCCCUCCCUCCGGUUGUUUUUGCCCCGCUUGGUCACAGCGGCGGGGUAGUUAGGGGGAUAUUCAGGGACAAAUAGUCACGGGGGGGGGAGGGGGGAACCAUGGAGGAAUUAAGGAAGUUGUGGUUCCAGUUGGUUGGUGACAAAGUUGGUUAUAAGGUUGGGUAUAAUGUUAGUUAAGUUGGGGGUUCGAGCCCGGCGGUGGCUUUGAACCUUGGUGGGGUAGGGGUGUCUGAGGUAUACCCCUACCAGGAGGAAAUUCCAGGUCAUGGAAUUUGGAUGGGGUAAGGGUAUCUCGAUAUGCCCUUACCAGGAGGAAAUUUGGGGUAAGGGUAUCUAGGUAUGCACUUACAAGGAGGAAAUAUGGGGUAGGGGUGUCUGGGUAUACCCCUACCAGGAGGCGUUGAAUUAUGUAAAUAUGUUUGGUAUAUAUAAUGUUAUUUGGUAUGUUAGUGUUUUAUGGUUACAUUAUAAUAAGCAUAUAUUACAUAUGGGUCAUUGCCUUAUUAUUAUUACUGUUAUUAUUAUUGUGAUGUAAUGGAUACGGAUGUUGAUGUAUGGUUGGGUGGGGGCGGGGCAAUAACUUUUAAAUUGUUUUAAUAUAUGCACAAUGUUUAAUAAAGCUGUGGACAUAUUGUCCCAUACCCCGGAGUAGGCUGGAAUUAUUUGGGAGUAGGGGAAAAGGGGAUUAUAAGUGCUUUAAAAGAUUAACCAUCUCCCCCUGCCCAGAUGACGACAUACACCGGUCAUGUAGUAAUAACUCAAGAGGACAGUACAACAAGGGUUUACCAGGCGUUCUAGUCAAAUGUUUUAUAACAACAACAAACAUUUUCAACAAAAUAAAAAGGGGGUACAAAAACACCAAAACAAAAAAAGAGGAAACCGCUUCCAUCCACAUAUUCAUAAUUAAACAAGAGUUAUUUUGAAAAAUAAACAAUUGUACGAAUAACAUAAGAAAGCAAAUAUGUAUGCAUUAAAUGGUUAAAGUGUCAACUAUUUAGUUUACCCAGUGUUCUAAGAAUUGGCAGCCAUUCCGCAGAGAUAAUGUUUAAUUAUGCAGAGAUGUAGGUAGGCAGCAAGUGCUGAGCAUUUCAGAAAUACACUUGUAGCACUGACAUUGAUCCAUGACUUAGCGUCAUGAGGGUCACUAAUGAUUUUUUGAAGAAUGUAGGAAAGAUCUCUGCUUACUGUAGCUCCGUACAAAAAUAGAGCUCGCAAAUGAAAUCGGAGUACAGCAGUUUAUCAGACUUUUUUUUAUUUUUAUAUUUUCUAUUUAUAACAGAAAAGGCAGAAAAAAAAAAAACCCCACAAACUAGUGUAAAGUGAUUGUCCAGAAUGUACAAACCGUCAUAUUUUAUUGAAUAACCAUAUAAGACCAUUUGCACAUCACAUCCAUAAUAAUAUUUUUUACACUGUAUAUUAUACAUUAUUGCUUUAUUUUGUUUUUGUUCAUUAUUAGGGAUAAUUGUCUUGUUACAUUGUAUAUUUUUGCAUGUCAUUUGUGUAAGUGGAAUUUUAUUUGUGAUGUGUAUUUAUUAAUAAUGUGUAAACACAGCACACUGGUUAAAAACUCCUGCUGUAGAGAAAAACAAAAACUUUUUUUGUUGUAGGUGAAAUCUCAUGCCUUUUUGUUUUCAAAUUUAAAAAGUGGUUGUUUUUUUUUGGGGGGGGGCAAUUUCAUAGAACUGUCAAUUAAGAUAUAGAGGAUUUGUCGGUAGCUGUCUUUUAUUAUGUGUACCCACUGUGGUGAGAUGUUGAAAUAUUUGCUGCAGAAAUGUCUCCAUGUGCAACUUGUUCACUUAUCUUCAGUCCUAAUUUGUGUGUCAGACAUCAGCACAACAAAUCAGUCAAAGUCAGCUGGUAGAAUUGUGAUAAAAACAGCAAUUAUGGGUUGAAUCUAUGCUGAAGAUGUGAAUACCAGUUGAUCCUGUCUUUUUUCUUUUUUUUUUCUUUAAUCGCGAGGGACUUUCCAUAUGUUCCUUGAGAUAAAUAUUUACUUAUGUGUUCUGCACAUAAAACUCUUAGUAAUUCUCUUUUCAUGCUUACGUAGAAUUUUUCCAGUUAUUUAAUCAAAUAUGAGAAGCGUCAAUUUGGACUGCGCAAAAAAAAAAAAACUGGUCACCCUGAAAAAUGUUCUUGUUGCUUACUCCUGACCAUUAGCUAUUAACUCCUUCAAAAUGUUUUAAACAAGUUAUGAUGGUAUUUAUUUGAAAAAUAGGAUGUAUAGCUUGCCACAAUAUCCUAGGUCAAACAGCAGUUUAAUCUACAGAUUUCUGUUCAGGAAUACUUUUCAAAUGUUUAAGUAUGUAAUUGUACGAUUUUAUUUUUUCAUUCGUUCAUUACAGAAAAAAAAAAAGUGUUAACAUUCAUGUUGUAGCCCAUGGAGCAGCACAGCUAAGUGGAAUGGGCUUUGACAUGGCUAGGAGACAGGCAUAGGAGGUGUUUAGUGUGGGGGUUUGGCUAAAGAAAGUGGGGGUCGGGUUUUGGCUAUGGGAGUAUAUAUAGUGGACAUUUUAGGUCAGGGGCCAUCUUAAUUUAAUCCUCACUUGGCUGUUUUGUCCCACCCUCCAUUUUUUAUGGUUCUAGCUCCCGUUUGGUCGCGGCGGGGGAUGGAUAGACAAGUUGGGGUGUAGGUCAUUUGUCCGGUUCUAAGAGAGUUUAGUUCACUAAGAAAAGUUAGGUUUGGAAUGGUAUUGGUUGGUUCGAGCUUGUUGGUAGCUCCGAACCUGGUGUGUGUAGGGUGUAUCUUGAUAUACCCCUACAUUGCGGAGUAUGGUGGUUGGUUCGCGGUCGUGGGUGGCUCCGAAUCUGGUGUGUGUAGGGUGUAUAUCAGGUAUACAUUGUGGAAUAAAGUAAAUCAUGCCCGCCUCGGUGGCAAUGGUUUAUGUGGUUAUAUGUUAAAUUAUAUGUUUGAAUGUGGUAUCAUGGAUUAUUUAUGUGGGUCAUUGUCUGGGGUAGAAUUGGUAAAGGACUUGGGGUUGAUAUGCAAUGUUUAAGGAUGUUGACAAUUACCAUUCUAUAAUUUGUAUGUUUUAUUUGAUUAUUAAAGCUGUGAUAAUUUUCCCAAAAAUAAGGUGUCUGAGUAUCCUUGAAGUUUUUGGGUUGCUAACGCAUAUGCUGAAAAGGCGAAUAUGCAUAUGUCAUGCAAUAAUUGAGGCAUUCUAAAUAGUAUAAAACCAUAAAUUCUGGUUUUUGUUGUGGUAGUUCAAAAAUAGAUAAAUAACAAAACGGUAUGAUUUUUUUUUUUUCAGGAAUGCAGCUUCCUAUUAAUGCCUCCAUAAUAUAAAAAAAUGUCUCUAUUGUGGGCAUAUGUUACACCAGGUGUCUGUGCUAUCUGGUAUUUUGCAGGCUGCUAUCUCGCGUUCACCUGAUUUCAUUUGGCUGUAAGAACAUUGCCAAAGUGCUUAUAGUUUUGAUAGUUUUGUCAAGAUGACGUGAGGUUAUUGCUAACAGUUUUUUUUCUAGAGAAUCUUAGUGAGGACGGGGAAAACAGGGCAUUUCAGAAUUGACAAGAAAUUUGCAAGUUUUACAAAACUAGCAAAACUGUAACGUUCUAUUGGUUGGCCGUUUUCCCUGCUUGCUGUAAAUAUUUAAAUUCCACUGUAAAUUUUCACAUUUUAAAAUUUAGUGAAUACAUUUUAUUGAGUUUGUCACUUGGAGCUAGGACGGUUGUGUGCACAGCUGCUCAAAGAGUUGAAUCAUCCAGAAAUUAAAAUAGUGAUUAAAAUAGACAAUUUUUAUAGUUUCUGACUGACUGUUAUUUUUCUUAAUUUCGAGAAUAAAUGUUGACUCGAGUCUCCUUUUUGUUUUGUUUUUUCAGCCCUGCUAUGUAAAAGUAAAAGAAUGGGUUGCGCUUAAUAUGUCUUCAGUAAGAAUUUUUGGUAUCUGUAUCCUAAUUGUCCAGGUAAGUGAAUUUUAACACGAGCUCCCUUAUAGACCUCUGACCUGAGAGUAAAGUAAUGCCCAAAAUUUAGAAUGCAAUAACACUUGAUCAAAGGUCAGCUUGUGAGAAAUAGAACAUGGAACAAAUUUAAAUAUAGAUCUAAAAGUUCUGAAACACAUCUAUUUUUCAUUCCAUUGCCCCAGGAAGUAUGCAUUAUUUAGCAUGCUGGGGCUGCCAUUUGUACAUUUUCUGUUCACUAAAACAAUUACCCAUCCAAUCAGAAUACAUCUUUCCAAUGUGCUAGUUGUUUCUUCUUGUCUCUCCUGCUUCCUCUAAAAUGUAGAGCUUUGUACUGCGGUUUCAUAUAAAUGUAAUUUAAAGGAACACUAUAGUCACCAAAACAACUCGUAGCUUAAAGGACCACUAAGCACCCAGACCACUUCAGCUCAAUGAAGUGGUCUGGGUGCCAGGUCCCUCUAGUGUUAAUCCUGCAGCUGAAAACAUAGCAGUUUCAGAGAAACUGCCUCUAGUGGCAGUCUCACUGACAGCCGCUAGCGGUGAUUCUGCGUUUCUCACUGUGAAAAUCACAGUAAGAAGAUGCUGGACGUCCAUAGGAAAGCAUUGAGAAAUGUUUUCCUAUGGGCGGUUUGAAUGCGCGCCCAGAAAUAAUCAAGAGCCGCAAUUAAAUUUAUUGGAGUAUUCAACAGAACCCUCCGUGUAUUUAUAAUCCCCCCCUAGCCCUUCUGUCUCAUUCCCCCAGCCCCUCCAUGAGUCUCAUUCCCUUAGCCCCUCCAUAAGUCUCACUCCCUUAGCCCCUCCAUCUGUCUCAUUCCCUUAGCCCCUCCAUAAGUCUCAUUCCCUUCUACUGGUCACGCUACAAGGAAUAACAAGCUGUGAAAUGCGCUCUCCUCCUGCUGGUCAGCCAGAUCUGUAGAUUUAAUUUUAAUCACACACAGGAAGCUCCUGCAAGGUCUUGCAAGCUAUAGACCGUACAGGAGAUAAGAAACUCUAAAUAAAAAAGACUGUGUAAAAAAGUAAGUGUAAACAUUAGAUCUCUAUUUACAGGAAGUGUUUAGGAGGGCUGUAUAAGUCACAUGCAGCAAGGUGUGACUAGAGCUGUAUAAACAAAGUAAUUUACCCAAAAGUGGCAAAGAAUUGAGAAGUGAGACUGCAGGGGUUUAAUCUGUAAACCAAAACAGCUUAGUUGAGCAAAAUAUAUUGAUCUUACUAUAGUGUGCCUUUAAUAAUACCCAGACUAAGCUUGACACCUCCAGAUGCAAAUACAAAGUUAUUUUGCAUCUAAUCUCAAAUUGGGUUAAACAUAAAACAGUGCUUAGGGGUAGAGGUCAACAAGGCAUUUGUCCAUGAAUUUCUUCUCACCAGUCCUGAAUUUUUACUUGCCAAUGGGUAGUGGGAGAGUCGAAAUUUUGAGCCUGGUGUUAUAUAAAGGAUAAUUGAAUGUGCAUAUACAUCUAUAUAAUUUAUGGUCACUGUCAAAAAAAGGUUAAGAACCACUACACUGGGACAUGUUUAUUGUUUCUAGAUGUUAUUUAAUAUUAUAUGUCUGUGUAUUUUUUCCUCUUGUCAUCACGCACAAAGCAACUACAGACACAAACAACACAAGCUCUGCAGUUCGAGGUAUUGCUCUGCUAUUCUACAGCAGAAUUACGGAAAAUGUAUUCAUACUUAUCGUAAUUUUCUUUUCCUGGCUAUUUUUCAUGGCAGCAUUUAACAUAUGGGUUUAGCUCCUCCCUCUAACCCUCAGGACAGGAAACACAAACAAUUAAACAAUUAAGCAUACCUUCCCCUGGUAUAAUAGGAACCCCAUCAGCCAUCACACCUCAGUCAAGUAACAAGACGAAUAUCCAAAAGAGGGUGGGAAAACCAAAUGCUGCCAUGAAUAAUAGCCAGGAAAAGAAAAUAACGGUAAGAAUGAAUACAUUUUCCGUAUUCCUGGCUAAUCAUGGCAGCAUUUAACAUAUGGGAUUCCCCAAGCAAUAAUGGCACAGGGAGGGAAAUACAUGCUACAAAAUACUUUAAUAAAUAAAUCAGCUCUGAGGAUUAAAGGAGUUCAGGACAGACAGGCCAAACUCCGAAUCCGAGCGAGAAGCCACAUCCACUUUGUAGUGUUUCACAAAGGUCUUAAGGGAUGACCAAUUUGCAGCCUUACAUAUGCUCUCUGCAUGAACACCUGACUCUGCAGCCCAUUAGGUAGCAAUGGAUCUUGUGGAGUGAGCUCUCAUGCCUUUGUGAACAGGAACAUUCCUAGCUUUUUAAACCUUGGAAAUCACAGAUACUGUCCAGGAACGAAGAGUGGAGACAGAAGCGGCUUCCCCUUUACAAGAACCCCAAGGUAUAAUAAAUAAUUGAGAGGAUUUCCUCCAAGCAGCUGAGUGUACUAUAUACAUCUGCAAACAUCUACUAAGAUCCAGCGUGUGACACCUUGACUCCUCAGGAGUGGAAGGAUGCUGAAAAUAGGCAGGCACGACAAUCUCCUGUUGGAGAUGGAAAGGUGUAACCACCUUGGGAAGAAAUUGAGGUCUCGGGUGGAGAAUGACCCUAUCAUCGAAGAAGGAAGUGUAAGGUUCCUCUGCUAAUAAAGCUCUGAUGUCAGACAUCCUUCUAGCUGAGACUAGAGCCAGCAAUAAUAGGGUCUUCAGAGAAAGGAUGUGCAUCUGAAUUUAGCCAAUAGGUUCGAAGGGAGGAUCUGUGAGAGCCUGAAGCACCAGAGGCAGAUUCCAAGGAGCUGCCAGUUGUCUAAUAGGAGGUCUAAUACGUAAAACGGCCUUGAAAAAGCGAACCACCAUAGGAUGAAGCGCCCAUCGAACGCCAGAAAGAGCAGGUAGCUGAGCAGUGCACUUUAAGGGUAAGACUAAGACCCUUCUCCAGGCCAGCUUGUAGGAAACCCAAUACUUGAGAGAUCAUAGGAGGACUCAUGUUCUGCACGGUUGAAUUUAACCAUAUCGCAAAGGCUUCCAAAAUUCUGUGGUAGGUAGAGGCAGGGGUGUAUUAGCCGCGAGGCAAACAAGGCAUUUGCCUUGUGCGGCAUUUUUCAGAGGGCGGCAAAAAACGCCGCCCCCCAAAUGCCCAGGGCAGAUGCCUAGUUAGCCUCGCGGCUAACUGACAUCCCGAGCGGGCGGGCGGCGCUGACAGGCGGGCGGCCGGCGAGGGAGCUCUUCCCCUGAGCUGACUGCUCAGCUCCCUCGCGCGCCGGCUGCAGAGUGAGGCUGGGAGCCGGGUUGAUGACGUCAUCUUCCGGCUCCCAGCCUCACUCUGCAGCCGGCGCGCGAGGGAGCUGAGCAGUCAGCUCAGGGGAAGAGCUCCCUCGCCGGCCGCCCGCCUGCCAGCGCCGCCCGCCCGACCUGCAGCCACUGGACCACCAGGGAGAGAGAUCCCCCCCCCCAGCACUCCCAAAGGUAAGGAGGUUGGGGGGGAUUUAGAUUUAAAAAAAAAGUUAAUGUGUGUGUGUGUGUCUGACUGUGUGUGUGUGUUUGUGCCUGACUCUGUGUGUGUUUGUGUCUGACUGUGUAUGUGUGUGUGUUUGUGUCUGACUGUGUGUGUGUUUGUGUCUGUGUCUGACUGUGUGUGUGUUUGUGUCUGUGUCUGACUGUGUGUGUGUGUGUUUGUCUGUGUGUGUUUGUGUCUGUGUGUGUUUGUGUGUUUGUGUGUGUGUGUGUGUUUGUGUCUGACUGUGUGUGUGUGUGUCUGACUGUGUGUGUGUGUUUGUGUCUGACUGUGUAUGUGUGUGUGUGUGUGUGUGUGUGUUUGUGUCUGACUGUGUAUGUGUGUGUGUGUGUGUGUGUGUGUUUGUGUCUGACUGUGUGUGUGUGUGUGUCUGACUGUGUGUGUGUGUUUGUGUAUGUGUCUGACUGUGUGUGUGUGUGUCUGACUGUGUGUGGAUGUGUAUUUAGAAGGUGGGGCGGGGGGAAGGGUUGGGUGGGGGUGGCGCUGGGGGAGGGGGGCGCCUGAGUUUUGUCCUGCCUAGGGCAGCACAAAACCAGGAUACACCACUGGGUAGAGGAAGUGGAGAUCUUUCUGGAACAUAAAAGGGUAGAGACCACCUGAUCCAAUAAACCCUGUUCCUUUAAGGAUUGCCUUUCAGAAGCCAUGCAUGAAGCCUGAGCUUGUAAGGUUCUGGAUGAACCACUGGGCCUUGUGUCAGGAGAUCUUCUGUGACCAGAAUUUCCCAAGGUUCCUCUAUCGCCAACCUCUUCAGAAGAGGAAACCAAGGACGUCUCGGCCAGAAGGGUAUUACAGUAAUCACUCUGCAACGUUGUCUGGAAAUCUUCCUCAGCACAGUAUGAAUGAGAGGAAUGGAGGGAAAAACAUACGCCAGAUGAAAGGGCCAUUUCAUUGAAAGAGCAUCUUGAUCCAGUGCUUUCGGAUGGAAUUUUUUGGAUACAAAACAAGGGACUUGAGCAUUCUGAGCCGUCGCCAUGAGAACCACUUGGGGAAGACCCCACCUCUGGACCAAUUGUUGAAACACAGGCCUUGAAAGAUGCCAUUCCGUGGCUUCCACCUGGUGUCUGCUGAGGAAGUCUGCCAACACAUUCUCCUUUCCUGGGAGAAAGACUGAGGUUAGAUGGCUGAUGGGGUUCCUAUUAUACCAGGGGAAGGUAUGCUUAAUUGUUUGUUUCCUGUCCUGAGGGUUAGAGGGAGGAGCUAAACCCAUAUGUUAAAUGCUGCCAUGAAUAAUAGCCAGGAAAAGUUGUUAUACCAGCAGUUUUCUAGAUUGCUUUCACGUGUGUACGAGCAUUUACAGUGCUUUCCCCAGAUCAACAAGUGUGUUAUACAAAGCUAUGCUCAAGCUAAUUGCCUGUCUCAUUCCGCCAACAUUGACUUCCCUAGAAGUCAGGCACCAGUCGGAGGAGGGUAAAGGAGGUGGGCCAGUGACAAAGUGUAGAUCGAAGUCUAGCAGCACCCCAUUUGUCCAAGGGUCCAUGAGUAGGAUUGAGGCAAAUUUAUUAUCGCCCUGUGUCUGUUGUAUUGGAAAUCUAUAAAACUAAGCUCCUUCACCUGACCAUCAUAACUUCCACAAUCUUUUUCUCUUUUGUUCCACACAUAGGUCUUUGGUCUGGUCUUCUCUAUGCUGAUGUAUUGCCAGGUCCUGAAGGCUGAGAAAUAUUAUGAAUGAGUCCACCGUCCUUCAAGGAGCCAUAUAAACUAUCUCUGUCUGCUGUUUUUACAUGUCCAUUGUGAGAACCCACUAAGAAUGGCCAUUCUGACUACUUACCCAGGAACGCCAAGCCGCCAUUAAUUCUUCUAACAGCAGAUGAACUUGUAUCUUCUAAUUCUUUCAGCCAGUCUCUGCACUAUCACUGUGGCCUCCAGACUCUGACUACGCCAGCUUGAGCAGGUAUUCAGAAUUUGGCUCCAACGUUUUUUUCUUACAUAUGUAAAUUUGAAGAAGUUGUUUCACAGAUGAAGAACUAACUUUAAGCCAUAAACAAGAUGCUUUUUGGCUUUCUUCAGAUCUGUUGCCCAAUGAGGACAUUCCAGGGAUAAAACUCAAUACAUUGCAUACCCGACCUCGAGACCUCAAGGAGGCCAGCCAGAAAUAACACAUUAGAGACUGUUCGCAGUAAACACAGAUGUAGAAAUAGCCGAGCAUCUUCUGAGAAUAGCAAAACAACCUUGUGACCGGAUUCUGAUACUCAACCAGGAGAGCUUCGGUUCCCAAAUUUUUUGACCUGACGCAUGCAGACAAGGCAUUCUGGAGCAUGUGUUCCCCAGUAAGUGGAGAGCCACUAUUUGAAUUGUAUGGGACAUUUAUGCCUUUUAUUCUAAAAAAGGAGUGAAUUCUAAACUGCCAUGUCACAACUUUACAAUCCAAUACAAAUUUCCUUUUUUAGCUAGUGAGUUCUGAUAAAUAUUGAAAGGUUUGUCAAAAAAGCACAGUUUAGAAUUGUUCUUUCUAGAAUCUACUUUUAUGUUACAUGUCACAAAAAUCAUAGGAUGUAUCUCAGCUUAUAUUGUUAUAAUACAUUUUCUACAAAGCACAGAAAGGGUCCAUGCUCCUGGGAGUCACGAGAAAAGCACAUAGGGUCAAUAAAUAAGCAUUAUGUAAUAUUAAUUCCUUACGCUGUCCUAUGUUACUGUAUGCAAAUGUUUUAAGCUUACUUAUGCUAAGCUUUCAUUAUUUAGAGAUUUAAAAGCUAUAGGUCUAAUAUCUGAUAGGAAACAGAUUACAAUUACUUUUAUGGCGCUUACAUAUUCCGCAGCGCUGUACAAUAGAUAAACAAGACAAAAGUUUAAUUCUAUGACAUGAGCUUACAAUGUAAAGGAUCUGCAGGGUUUAUUUUUCUUAGUAUUAUUUAAAGCCUUCUUCAUGUAACAUGACAGUCGUGUUGUGCUUCGAGGGAACCUUUCAUUAUUCAUUUUUGGUUUAUGUUUGUGUGAUAAUGUUCCAAGCAAUGCAAUAGCAGAUCUUGGUCCUUCGUUUGGACCUAACAUUGGUCCCCAUGUAAUUUUCAUGAGUCCCUUUUUGCAAGAACGGGACAUUAUAUUCAUCUGGUCCCAAGCAACUAUCCCAGAAAAGAGCUGUACAAUUGAUAAAGGAAGUAAAAUAAAAGGACAUUCUAAGUACCAAAACCACUACAUCUUAAUGUAGAGGUUUUGAUGUAUAGAUGCUGUGCUUUUUCUCUGAAAAUGUAAAACAUUACCGUUUCUCAAAAAAGACCGUAUUUACAUUUGGCUGAAAACACGCCUGUAGUGGCUGUCAACCACCCCACUAGAGGUGCUUUCUCCUUACAUCACUUGUUUUUUAAGGACUUUAAGCUUGGCAGCAACAAGUCAGCAUGAUGAUGCUAAAUGUGUCUAAUGCUGACACAUUAGUAUAGGAGUAUAGGAACGGAGUGACUGAAGUUAGUCUGUUCAGAUGCUUUAGCACUGGCAAUGAAGCCAGUGUGUUGGCAUCACGGAGUAGGGUUACCUUGCUUGGGAAAGUGUCAUAUGCAAAGCCAAUCUGUUCAAACCAGGGUGCAGGACAAACCAAUAAUCCGAUGAUGGUUUUACAGUAAUAUAACACCCAUUUAGCUGUGGACAUGGCAGUGCUGGGCUGAACCUUACAUAGAAUAUAUAAUUUAUCUGUAUGAUAAAUAAUAUAUUCAGUGCCUUCAGGAGCAAUGUCGGUUAAAACGAACCUAUCGCUAGAGUUUCACGUUAAGCUAGAGAAAGCUCUCGCUAAGGUCCAAACCUUUUUUAGACCAUCCAAUAAAAUAUCCUUUGUGUUGGCGGUACUUCAAACAGGUACUCACCUGAUUUCAAUGAUCAUUUCAAUUUAAUUAUUGUCUCAAGAGCCUCAAAAGUGCUUUUGCCAUUGCUAAACGAAAUCUAAACCCCUUUUCUCAAUUAAAGUUAAUUACAAUCAUUUACAAUACAAUUCAACCUGUAACAGCAUUAAAGGACCACUUUAGACACCCAGACCACUUCAGCUUAAUGAAGUGGUCUGGGUGCCAGAUCCCUCUAGGGUUAACCCUUUUUUUCAUAAACAUGGCAGUUUCAGAGAAACUGCUAUGUUUAUGAAUGGGUUAAGCCUUCCCCUAUUUCCUCUAGUGGCUGUCUCAUUGACAGCCACUAGAGGCGCUUGCGUGCUUCUCACUGUGAUUUUAACAGUGAGAGCACGCCAGCGUCCAUAGGAAAGCAUUGUAAAUGCUUUCCUAUGCGACGGGCUGAGCAUUGUAAAUGCUUUCCUAUGCGACGGGCUGAAUGCGCGCGCAGCUCUUGCCGCGCGUGCGCAUUCAGCCCAGAAGGAGGAGAGCUCCCCGCCCAGCACUGGAAAAAGGUAAGUUUUAACCCUUUUCCCCUUUCCAGAGCCGGGCGGGAGGGGGACCCUGAGGGUGGGGGCACCCUCAGGGCACUAUAGUGCCAGGAAAACGAGUAUGUUUUCCUGGCACUAUAGUGGUCCUUUAAGGAAAUAAGACACAGAAGCCUAGCUGUUUGUUCACAAAGGAUUGAACAGUAUACCAGGUCUCUGUUGCACCAGACUACAUUUCACAAAAGAGAACAUCAGCCAUCUGGAAUGUAAGGAAAAGCCCCCCUUUGAUAGGAAGCAGUGUGAUACAGUCAGACGUCGAUUUCGGCAAAAUCAUGUUACUGCUUUAUUGCCGCUUGAUUCAAGACCGUUUCUUUUGUUUCCAAAGCUUCUUACGGUCUUUAGAAAGAUCAGAUGUCCUCUACCUUCCUAGAAGUUUCACUAGAUAUUUUUAUCGAGUCAGCACGAAAGGUUUAAGAAGGUAUAAUAAUAUCCUGAAUAUUGCAGUGAACACUUUAUUUUUACUGUGCAAAUUGUGUUGCUGAAGUUGUUCGAAGCAUCGCAUGAUGGACUGUUUCAGUUCUGAACCACUCAGUACUCACAAGUUGUGCUGAUACAGACCAGUUUGAGAAACGACUGAAUUUACACAUAGCUGUAACAAGUCCGUUUAUUACCGAAUUUUCUCAUCCUGCUCGAUUAAUCAACUUAAUUCGGAUUUCCUGGUGUCCUGAUCUAUCAUCCUUUACUACGGAGCUAUGGGCUGGAUCAAGCAUACCUAUUAUAUACAACACCAGUGUUUUAUGACUUUUUCCCAACUGUAACUAGCUUAGAGUGUAAAUAUUAGAUGUAACUGAACACAAAGUAUACUCUGUAUUGUGUUUAAAUACCAAUAAAUACUGUAUUAUUCACCUUUUGUGUCCUUUACAGCCAGAUUCCUACUGGAGUGCCUAUACUAGUGCAGCGAUGGAUUAUUAUAUUUAGACCUAAGCUGUUACAAGGAUUACAGUUCCUUCAUAGACUGGCCAAGCAUCUUUUAAACUAGUUCCGAACAUAUGAACAUCAUGGCUAGCCGUUACAGUUCUAGAAUGAUAACAUUCCAAUUUUUUAUUAAUUAAAUUUUUAUUUGCACGCGUGUUAUACAGAGGUGAUAAAUUAUAUUAAAAAAAAUAUUUGGUGUCAACAA